GCGCGAGCGCUGGCUCGGAGCCCGGGAGGAGCAGCGCGCCAAUCACGCCGCUUCCCCGCGCACCUCGGCGUCCGCUUUAGCUCCUCGCGCCGCCUGCGAGGCGCGCGAGUCCCGGCAGCGGCUCCUGCCUUUUCCCCUCGGAGACCCUAAACUGGAGAAGCCCCGCCUCGCUCGACAAGAGCCCCCCUCGAGGAGGCGAGCGCCCCUCGCCGUUUGCCAGCUGCCCGCCGAGGCGCCACCAACCCGCCCUCGGCUCCCCUCACUCCCUGGGCACCUGCUGCCAGCCCUUCCCGCCUCUUCACUCGCGGAACCAUUGGCAAUUCCCACCCCCGCCGCGGGCGCCUCAGUUCCGAAGUCCCAUUCAUAGGCUGGCUUUCCAGAGGCGCGCGCGCGUCGCCGGCCCCGCCAGCAGCCCCACGCCCACCUCCCCUCAGCUUUCGCCAGCGCCGGAUGCUUCGCUCGGCGGCGGCGGCGGCGGCGGCGGCCAGGCUGCGCUCCUGAACGCCUUCGGCGGGGCUGAGACGGAGGGGACGACCGCCGCCUCUUCCUCGCGUUCCUCCUCCUCCUCCUCCUGAGGCGCGAACAAAGGGAUUUGGCCGGCGCACGAGGCGAGGGCGGCGAGGGGCUCCGUCCGGAUGCGGUGAGCGCGAGGGGCCGCUCGAGCGAGGCGGGAGCGGCGCUGCCGGCCGGCCGGCGUCUCGCCCACUUGCCUUCCACCAUGGGCUGCUGCUCGGGGCGCUGCACGCUCAUCUUCCUCUGCACGCUGCAGCUGUUAGCUGCCCUGGAGAGACAAAUCUUUGAUUUUCUUGGCUUCCAGUGGGCUCCUAUCCUUGGUAAUUUCCUGCACAUAAUAGUUGUCAUUUUGGGUUUGUUUGGAACCAUACAAUACAGACCUCGGUAUAUAGUUGUGUACUCGGUAUGGACUGCUAUCUGGGUCACAUGGAAUGUUUUCAUUAUCUGCUUCUAUUUGGAAGUAGGUGGGCUUUCUAAGGAAACUGAUCUCAUGACUUUUAACAUCUCUAUGCACCGAUCCUGGUGGCGAGAACAUGGACCAGGCUGCAUACGAAGAGUGGUGCGUCCUUCAGCUCCUGGGAUGUUAGAUGAUUUUUCCUAUGUCUCUGUGACAGGCUGCAUCAUUGACUUCCAAUACCUAGAGGUCAUUCACAGCGCCAUCCAAAUAUUACUCUCUGCUGACCUGGCAAGUAUUUGUUUCUUACGGAAAAAGCUGGCUAAUCGUAGAAGGUUUUCUAAGUGUUAGACCUUGUAAGUAACA